AUGAGUAAACCCAUCAAUGUAUACAGCACGCCUGAUUUGCGUCAAACCCUGGACGAAGCUCUUCCUUCAGCAUUUGAAAGGCUUGGAUAUGCACAAUCCUUCAAACUUAUCGAUACAAAAUUAAUUAUAGGCUAUUCAAUAGCGCUCGUGGCGGGCAUCUCAUUUUUGCUGGACAAGAAACUGAAGUUCGAAGAGUCACUACUCUAUCAAAAGAUUUUAGUGGCUCUGUAUGCGCUGCUAUCGGGUAUGUUUUGGUAUUUCAAUAAGUAUGUGGAAAAGGGCGUCAAAUACAACGGCUCUUCCGCGGACAAAGCAAUUUCUGUGGUUACCAAAAUGGAGAAAUAUAGCUACGAUUACCAGGUGACUAUUAAUGAUAGUAAGGGCCGCUCGACGACUUCCAAAUUGUUGGCCAAUACAGUCUUUAAUGAAGCGGGUUAUUUGCAAUCGGACAAGUUGUUCAAGUGGCUAGAGGAGCGGCUAGAUGCACUUGUGAAAAAAGCUAAUUGA